CGCGCCGCCACUCGAGGCGCCCGUCCAUGCCGUUAGUGUCCGAAUCAUACGAAACUUCCACCACGCAACUUGCAAAAUAUAAGUGCACACUCGACUGCAAUCGACAUUUCAUGUAUUUUCGAAGGGUGCGACCAUAUCUGAGCGUGUAACGGAACGACACAGCGUGCACUCUGACCGCGCAAAUGCGGUUUCGGAUAUCUCGCUACGGAAAAAACAAACAUAGCACUCCUAGACGGCACACAACAGAGGCGCCACCUAGGCGCCCACCUCCACACGCCUGCUGAUGAAAGAAUAAAUUGUGAUGCUGGCUCGAACAGGACCCUACAGGAAACUGCGUCCCCGGGGACGACGAAGGACGUUGUAACUAAUCGGAUAGUUAAAUAAGUGCAAGUGCCUAAUCGUUACAAUGGUGGCUAACAGGCGGAAUUUUAUAUUUAGAGUAAGCAUCGUGAUCAACAUCGCCGUCCUCCUUUACGCGGCGAUGCAUUUAUCUGGCACCAACGCGCCAGGUGCAGAGUGGGUUCCAGUCUCUGUGGACGGUUCAGAGAGAAGUGCUGAAAUGAAAUACUUGCCCGGAAUUUACCGAGACGAAUUCCGAAACGUCACUGAGAGCAGAACAGCAGAAUUGAGUAUGAGAAAUAUCGAGGAAUCGACUUCUCAGAAGAUGCCAUCGACAGUAGCAACAACGAAUAAAACCGCUUCCAGCACGACAUCAAUAGCAGAGCUGGAAAAGAAAUUGCACGACACUUCGUCGGAAGCGGACCUAACGAAUGAAACACUGGAUAUAGUGGACGAGAACGCGCUAUCCGAACCGACACUCGCGCGUUUGCGUUUCUUACUUGGGUGCAAUGAGAAGGACUAUCUUCCUGAGUACAUUCAGCGGGGUGAAUAUUGGGUGCUCAAAAAUUAUGUGCGUGCCGAUCACGGUACAGUGUUGUGUCAUGAAACUAUAACUUAUACAACACACGCCGGGUUCGAAUUCCUUGAUAAUGUGCAACCUCUAGUCGAAAGAUGGAUGGCUCCGGUGAGCGUAGCCAUCCACGCGCCUGGUGACGACCUGAACCCUACUGUGAACAGCAUCAGGUACCUGCGCAACUGCCUCGGGAACGACCUCAUCAAGCAGUUUGUCACAUUCCAUGUGUUCUUCAGUAACAAACACAUACCGGGCAAAAUUCCAGAGCCAGAAAAAUUCCUAGCUGUCCCGUACAACUGUUCGGUGCCCCCACCGUUUGCAACCAAAGCCGGCACUACAUACAUGCAGAAGAAGAACCUACUGUAUCCGAUAAACGUCGCAAGAAAUGUUGCCAGAGACUCGGCCCUCACACACUUCAUACUGCCUUCUGAUAUAGAACUGUAUCCGAGUCCAUUCUUAGUACCUCGCUUCCUGAAUAUGAUCGCCAGAAACGCGAAGCCAUUGAACUCAACGAAUCCCAGAGUGUUCCCUAUAAGCAUAUUCGAAGUGGACGGCAAAGUUAAUGUGCCAUCAACGAAAACGGAGCUGCAAAAGAUGUUGAAAAACAAAACUGCCAUACCAUUUCACAAGUUCGUGUGCCCGGACUGCCACAAUAUACCACAGAGGCAACAAUGGAUUAACGCAAUGGAAACCAACCAAAUGGACGUCUUCCAUGUAGGUAAGAGGCAUGGGAAAUUCGUCCACUGGGAGCCCAUAUUCAUCGGGACUCAUCAGGACCCUCACUACGACGAUCGACUCAGCUGGCAAGGCAAAAAGGACAAAAUGACACAGGGCUACAUCCUCUGCGUGAAGGACUACGAUUUCAUGAUAUUGAACAACGCAUUCCUCAUCCAUAAGCCGGGCAUAAAGCACUAUGUGAAGAAUCCCAAACGGGACAGCAUCGUGGGCAAACAGAACAGCUACAUCAACAACGUCAUCAUGCCGGAGCUUAAGAAACUUUUCGGGACCAGAAGCGGCUGUUCUCUGUGACGAACGUUGACGAUCAUCAGAAUCAUUGGAAACAAUCAAACAUUGAAGACAACGAAAAGUAAUUUAAUACGUAAUAGCUACAGACAAUAAAACGAGAGUGUAAAGCAAAAGUGAUUCAACUCGAUAGAGUAACAUUUAUAUUUCUGAUAUUAUGUAUGUAUACUUUAUGCGUUCUAGUAUGGAUUGAUUACAAUCAGUUGGUAAUCUUGAUAAGGAACAUAUUGGAUUCCCUACUAGCAAAAGUCGAGCUCUAUGACCUUUGUCACCAUGUUUUGUAUUUUGCAAUUUACAGUAUUUUACAAAUCACACUACAUAGCAGUGUGGGAAGAAUUCCCCAAAAAUUACAGGAACUUGCGUUAUAUUAUACCAGUAACAUGAUUCGAUUGCAAUCGUUAAAAAGUGAUAAUUUAUGUAGUUGCGAAGACCACUAUCUCGCGUCUUUUAUAGCUUAUAAAUUGCUUGAAAUGCUCCUGGUGAAACUCAGGACUUUGAAGUCAUCAUAUAUCUUUUCAUUAGGCUACAUUUUGCGAAUAGCUUAGAUAUUAUGUAUAUCUACAAAUAUUAAUGUAAAUAAAGUGCCUCUUUCGCGUAUACCACUAUACACCUAACGUUUCCGAUAUUUAAGUGAAGACUGAGGUCUGACAGACUGAGUAGAUAAAAAUAGGAGUAGCCGAAUAUCUUAUUUGAUCUGAGAUGUAUACACUUGAUAUCUUCCACUAUAUAUUAAUACAUUGAGGACUCCUUGAGAUCAAGAUGUGUUUGCAUGAAAAUGAAAUAUAUCAAUAUAACUAACAGAAACAUUUGAAGUGAGCAUCAAAUAUAUUAUCAGGUUACAGGGUGCAAUUUUUUUUCCGCCUGAAUUGAGGACAUCUCGUGUUAGUUACUAUGAACAUAUCAUUAAAACUUAGUUUUAUAUUAAGAGAAUAACAUGGUAUUUUAGGUCAAAGAUCUUUGUCGUCUGAUUUAAGUAAUAAAUCUUGAAAUUGUAAAUGUUUAGCUAUUUUUAAAUAUUUUAAGCAUUCGUUAAUCUAAAAUGGUCAUUAAUAAUUUUAUUCGCACUUUUCCAACUCAAGCGCACAAAUUAUUAAAAAUAAAUUAAAGGUUCGCAACUUUGGUAGAGCGCUGUAAGUUACAAAAUAUCAAUUCAGUUAAUAUUAUUAAUAAAAAAUAUUUAAACUUUAUUCCUAUUGCUACUUACCUGCUUACUUAACACAACAUCUAAAAUUGUUACAGUUUUUCUCUCUGAACUCAACAUAAAGAUGAGAAAUAGUAAAAAUGUAUAUUUUGCGUUAUCAGUUAAACUUCCUGGUAGUAUAAUUUGUUGAUACUUCAAAUUUCCUAUAAUUUAUAAAAAUAAAAGUAAAUAUAAUGAUUCGAAUCAUUGAAUAACCAGCAUAGUAUAGAAAAUAUAAAUAAGUAACUUUUACUGCUACUAUGUAAUUAAUUACUCCGACCACUGCUUUUAAGAGAAAACCGGUUAUUAUAAUAAUGGUUUUUGAAUAUAAAAAUUUGUCUCCCAGUCCAAUAUAAAAACAAAUACCUAUUAAAUCCAUUAGAAAAAAUUACGGUGUAUAAGAAUACUUUAUGUAGUUUAAAACUAUAUUGUAUUUCCUAUACAGGAUACCAGAAUUUGAAAAUAAGAAAUGGAAACCUUUUGUAUUAAAUAUUAUAUAAUCUUAAUGUGAUAGUUUGAAGGCACGUAUAAUACCAAAUAUACUAAGCUAAAUAAAUGCCUAGCAUGUAUAAAAAGCUUAUGAUACUGAGGCCUUAUUAUUUAAAACAACUUUAUUUUCAUAAGGUUAAGUAUUUUGUCAAUUGUAAUGACAUUUAUUCUAAAUACCUAGUGUUAAUAUUAUUAGGUAUUCAUUGGUACUGAAACAUAGUGUGUGUCAUUUAUUAAUGUAUUUAUAAUGUAAACGCUAGCAUUUGUAAACUUAUUAGUAUUGAACCAACUCUGUAUAUAAAUUAUUUAUUUAUAAUUUAAUGAUACAAAGUAAUUUUGAUGGCGAUUCUGACCAUGAAACGAAUAUACCUUUUGACACCAAAUGUGAAACUGACACAUAAUACAAAAAACGUGUUCCGAUUCCCAUUCAAUUUCAGCAAUCAACUGUUCUAUUAUUUAUAUGAGAAUUAGGUUUUCAGUUUCGACUGUGGAUAAAAUGAUAUGUUGUAACUGUCUGUCGUGUGUCAUUGUUAAAAUGUAUCGUCGUAUCAUUCAGGUUUAUUUUCCAUAUUUAAAAUUUCUGCUUUUUAAACUUUAUUUCUUACUCAUUAUUCCAAUGAUUGUGAGUCUAGGUCCUCGAAUCGGUUCCUGAACGGGUCAAUACACUUAGGCUAAGAACUCACGGAGCGGUUUUUACCCGCACUCGGCGCGCGCGACCGCAGAGCUGUUUUAUUUCAAAUUUCACGACGCCGCAGAUUUUUGCAGGUCUCAUAAACUUAACAAAACAAGAUCUAACGAAACCACCACGGGUGCCGCAUACAACCGCGCACUCAGGGGUCGUAAAUGGUCGUAAUUUGCUUUUGCGUUCUGCAGGUGCGGGUGGAAAUCUACUAGCAAAAGUCGAGCUCUAUGACCUUUGACACCAUGUUCUGUAUUUUGCAAUUUACGGUAUUUUACAAAUCACAUUACGAAGCAGUGUGGGAAGAAAUCCUAAAAAAUACAGAAACUUGCGUUAUAUUAUACCACUAACAUGAUUCGAUUGCAAUCGUUAAAAAGUGAUAAUAUAGUUGCGAAGUCCACCGCCUGCGACCGCAGAGCUGUUUUAUUCCAAAACUCACGGGGACGCAGUUUUUUUCAGGCCUCGAACAAAACAAGAUCUAACGAAACCGCCACAGGUGCCGCAUACAACCGCGCACUCAAGGGUGAAAUUUUCUUUUGUGUUCUACAGGUGCAGGUGGAAAUCGUGCCGUGAGUUCUUAGCCUUACAGAAAUAUUCUGUUGGACACUGUGAUAUUUCAAAAAAAGGAAUAAUUAUAAAAACGGCGUUACCAGCGUUACGGGAGGCGUUUGAUGACUCUGAGAAAUAAGCGCUUUUUUUGUUCUUAAAAAUCGAAAAAUGAUUUUACACACAUUCUGAACUUUUUCUUCGUCCGUAGGUAACAAAAUAACAAAUAGUGCGGAGUAAGUAGAUUUUCUUGUACCACAUUGGCUCGGUCGAUAAAUCAGCGUUUUCAUAAUGGGCUCGCAAUAAAAUAUUUUAACGGCGCUUGUUCUUUGAGUCGUAAAGUGAAGGUUUUGUAACUACGAGUAAUAUCAAUACAAUUAGGUCCGGUGUCCUACUUCAAUUCACUGCACUGAUCUCGCAAGCAAAUUCAUGGUCACACAAAUCUGCCACACAGAUUUGUGAAUGCAGAUUAAUUUAUUUGGCGUUACGUGCUAAUAAACUUUUUCUGAAUUCCGUUCUAAAUACAGCAAAUAUAUUAUAACAAAUUAAGCAAAACUGGCCAUGUGCGAGUUGGACUCGCGCACUGAGGGUUCCGUACAAACCUGUAGGUAUACAAUAAUUAUUAAAAAUAUAUAUAUGUAAUGUAACUAAAAAUAUACAGUUUUCGCAAUUUAUUCUUUAUCUGUACUAUAAGACGUUGUUUCGUACCAAAUAUCAAGAUUCAGAGUUCAUGACCUGGAGGGUUUGAUUACUUUGCAAGUUUGGAAAAUUUUGGAAAUUUGCGGUAUAUACGGCAGUAUCUUUUGAUUGCGUUGGCUUAGAAGUUUGAUUUUUUCGCUGCUCUAAGGUACUGUAGACCUGAUUAUUUAAUGCUAAGGUCAUCACAUAAUAUACAUUCAAUGCCCAUACAACAAUCUGCCCGCGGAUCUUGACGCAACAAUCAAGAAAAAUAACUGCAACUAUAAAAAUCACUAUUUCCUUUUUAAUACUAAGUACCUAAUAAAUAAUUUAUACUCAGGACAGUACAGUCCAUAGUUCAUAAUAUUAGUUACAAUGAAACACGACUCAAACAAUAAACAAUAGCGCAUCCAUGUCCAUAUGUAACAGGGUAUGUCCCUAUUCAGAAAUGAAGUUUCACCAGUCAGAUUUUUUUCUCAGCCAUUCCAUUACCUAAUAAGGUUUCCUUGUUAAAUCCAUUGACUUACUGAUUUUAAGGACAGACCACAAAACCAGUGCUUAUGACAACCAAUUAAUGCUUUAAACUUAGUAAUAACCAUUGGUAAUUUACCAAAUUGAAGGUGGUGCAGUGAAUAAGAUUAGAAAUAUUAAGCUGAAAUGUUAAAUAGAUGGUGUUACUUACCUACAUGAUAAUAUUGUAUGAGGAAGAGCUAACGAAAAUAUACUGUUUAAAAAACUUAUUAGCUUAUCAAGUUAAACUAUUUAUUUACUUGAUAAAAUAUUUUUCAUUCGUGUAUUUGAUUGACUCAAUUGGAUUUUUAACCUUCAACAGAAUAACGAACAAAUGAUAUAAAAUAAAUUAGGUGUGUUAUGCGCGAAGUCCUUAUUUGUGUAAGUCAAUAAUAGGUACCUAUAUAAAGUCAUUCAACUCUGAAAUUAAACUUCGUUCUUACUCAGAUCAUUAGAUUCAUUUAAGAAUAUAAAUGUAAUGAAUGUACCAAUAAUAAAGGAAAAUUUGUAGCUGAGCCUUACCUAACUACUAUUUAUUUAGUUAUUCUGAGUAUAUAAAUAAAAAAUAGUGUUUAAACUCACCACGUUCGAAUAUUUUAGUCAUCUUACUUUAUAUUUAUUAGUGAUAAUAUUGUUUUAAAUAUAUUUUUCAACACACUUGCUCAAAAAAAGCAUUUAUACAAAGGUGGUAUAUAUAGUUCGAAAACUCAAAAUUACGGCCCGUACAGCGGAACGUGCGAUAAAUUCAUUACGCACGCUCCAUUUCGUGACACCGUGCGUAUUCUUUACGUUUUUUUUAAAUUUCGAUCGAACCUCCUCGGACACAUUUUAGUCUAUACGUAUGUUUCACUUUAAUACCAAAAAGAAAAAGAGGUGAAAGAUGUAGUUUAAAUUUUCACCACCCGCACGUGAUGCCAUUUGGAAAUGCGCGCCAUUUUAUUAUUAGAAAAAUUAUGUAUAAUGUUUUUUCGCAAAUGUGUUGAAAAACGUUGUAUGGCAUUCGUGUGGAUUGGUAUUACAAACUCUUUACUAUGGUAAUUUGUCUAUUCGUUUGUAAUAACCAACUUACCGCACUAAUAUCAUAAAUAACUAUUAAUUUUGUAACGUCUAUUUCAAUUGCUUUGACUGCUAGGUUAUAAAUAUCAAGUUUUGUUGUACUAUUCAGUAAGAACAAACUAAAUUUUCACCACGGUAUUCGCCAGGUUUUUUUUUAUUAGUGUUCUAAUUUUAAAUUACUCGGAGGAUUACCAGGUGAAAAUCAAGUUUUUUCUUACAGAAAAGCACUGUUGAACUGUAUUAAACAGUGACGCUAAUGAACCGUGAGUAAAACGCUUUUAUUCCAAUUUGUUGCAUUUCUCGUUGUUAUGGAUUUUAUAAUCAUGAAAUAAAUCCGUUUUCAAAUAUUUGCGAUUUAUGCAUGCAUAUUUUUCUUUUUUUGUGUAUAAUAAUAAAUCUCACAAUCAAAAUACUAUUUUGUGCACUGUUACCAGUGCAGCGGCCGUUAGCGUCAUUUUUAAAUCACUCUUACUUUAUUUAUGUAUGCUUUCCCAUGAGUGUAAGCGAAAGUAGAUCAUUUACAGAGGCGAAAAAGUACCGCUAUAUUAAAUUCAGAGAUUCAGUAUACAGGGCGUCCCACGGGUUUGUCACACGAAGGGAAAGUAUAUUAAAUAUUGAAGAUAGAAUAUUUUACUGAAAGAAGACAUCAUUUUAUUUUUAAUAAUAAGUAUAACUGCAUUUACAAAAAAAUAUCCUUAUGAUUAACUCUUUCGAUGGUUACAAUAAAAUACGUCAUGUGUUUUUUUUAAAAUUU